GGUGUUAGGUGCUAAAGAAGAGAGUAAUUAAACAGUAAAGCGUUACAGCAACUCCUAGAUUUCUGGUCGGAAGGCGCACACGAGUUGAGAAUGACCACACGUUAUCUGCUCCUCUCUGUCCUCAACUGACACUGGACCACACCCCCACUGCCACGGUGAGAGAUAGAAAAGGGGAGUGUGACUGAGUGUGUGUGUGUGUGGGCAUGGGUAUGGGCAUGGGCAUGAGUAUGGGUGUGAUGGCGGUGAGGUGUACAGCUUGGAGCAGUUCUCUGGCUCGAACUCUAGCCAUGUUGGAAGGACCAGGCCAGGUAAGAGCCUGCCACAGUGGAAGUAUGCCUGUUGCCAAAGAGACACUAUUUCCAGCAAGCAGCUCCACUGUCAAGCCCUUCAAUGAGAUUCCUGGAAUGUGGAAGAACAGUGUAGGGAAUCUCUACACCUUCUGGAAACUGGAUGGAUUCAAGAACAUCCAUCACAUAAUGGUGCAUAACUUCAACACAUUUGGGCCCAUUUACAGGGAGAAAAUUGGGUAUUAUGAAAGUGUGAAUAUUAUCAACCCUGAGGAUGCUGCUAUCUUAUUCAAAGCAGAGGGUCACUACCCUAAAAGGCUCAGAGUGGAACCUUGGACCUCCUAUAGAGAUUUUAGAAACCGCAAAUAUGGUGUUCUUCUGAAAGAUGGAGAGGACUGGCGAUCCAACAGAGUCAUUCUGAACCGGGAGGUAAUCUCGCCAAAGGUGCAGGGGAACUUUGUGCCAUUGCUGGAUGAGGUUGGCCAGGACUUUGUUGCUCGAGUUUAUAAAAAGAUUGAAAGAAGUGGACAGAACAAAUGGACCACAGAUCUGUCCCAUGAACUCUUCAAGUAUGCACUAGAAUCUGUGAGUGCAGUAUUAUAUGGUGAACGUCUGGGGCUGCUGUUGGACUACAUUGAUCCAGAGGCUCAGCAUUUUAUUGACUGCAUCACUCUCAUGUUUAAGACCACCUGUCCCAUGCUGUACAUCCCCCCUUCCAUGUUACGGCGGCUUGGAGCCAAAGUUUGGAAAGAUCAUGUGGAAGCAUGGGAUGGUAUUUUCAACCAGGCGGACCACUGUAUUCAGAACAUCUACAGGCAGCUGAGGAAGGAAUCUGGAGAACAGAACAAAUAUCCCGGGGUGCUGGCCAGCCUUCUCAUGCUUGACCGACUGUCCAUUGAGGAAAUCAAGGCUAGUGUGACUGAGCUGAUGGCUGGAGGGGUGGACACGACAUCUAUCACCCUCCUCUGGACUCUCUACGAAUUGGCACGGCACCCCGACCUCCAAGAGGAGCUGAGGGCAGAGAUCAUUGCCGCUCGCGCUGCCUCACAGGGAGACACAGUGCAGAUGCUCAAAAUGGUGCCACUGCUCAAAGGUGCUCUAAAAGAGACACUCAGGCUACACCCUGUAGCAGUAAGCCUGCAAAGAUACCUCACUCAUGAUGUUGUGAUCCAAAAUUACCAUAUUCCAUCUGGGACAUUAGUGCAGCUGGGACUGUAUGCCAUGGGCAGGGACUAUCGCAUCUUCUCCAAACCAGAGCAGUACCUGCCUUCUCGCUGGCUGAGGAAUGAGAGUCACUACUUCAGGAGUUUGGGCUUCGGAUUUGGGCCUCGUCAAUGCCUUGGGCGCAGAAUUGCAGAGACGGAGAUGCAGCUCUUCCUCAUCCAUAUGUUGGAGAAUUUCAAGAUUGAGAAGCAGAGACAGCUAGAAGUGAGGAGCACGUUUGAGCUUAUACUUGUUCCUGAGAAACCCAUUCUGUUAACUAUAAAGCCUCUACAAAGCAGUAAAUGACAAACUCCUUCCAAAAGGUAACGUUUUAAUUCAUUACUACAAACUAUUUCUAAUACUGGAAACACAUCAAGAAUAAAAAACAUGGACGAUAAAUACUGUAUGGAAAUGAAUUAAUUUUAUUAUAACACAAGGUUGCUCCUAAUGUAUUGUUUUGCUAUUCUUUCUUGUUUAUACUGCAUAAAACAGCAUUUUAAAUACUCUGAUGUUGAAUCAGGUCAUUUAAGGGUGUCCAGAUCCUUAUGACGUAUGUGUCCCAAAAUGGAGUCUGAAACACUAUUCUUUAAAUAAUCAAAGAAGAAAAAACAAUGUUAUACAAUGUUACUUACUUCAAUACCAUCAUCAGACAGCAAGUAGGCCUACUAUUUACAAAAUACAUGUCUUCUAUAUCUAUUUAUUUUAUUUCUAAGUAUUAACUCUCUGUGUUGAUGUCCUUCAGCUUUGACAUGAACAGAUAUCUGUGGUCAAGGUUGUGUACUGACCAGUGGCACAUAAUGCAAGGUUGAUGUACGAGCAAAUCCAUGAGUGUAUUCACCGAGUCUGGUCAACAUGUCCUGCUUUUCUUUCCCCCACUGCCUGGCAUUCUCCUCCAGCUACAAAACAACACAACAAAACACUGACUCAGCUCUCUGAAGAUGGAAUUUUGACAUUUGCGUAUUCAUUAAAGUGAUCUACUCUUUAGAGAAACACACCUGUUUGCCCA